UAUCAGACUAGCAACGGUGUGGGGUUCAUCGCGGAGAGUAGGACCACCUAGAAUUCUAGUAGAUAACCAUCUAUCCUCACGGACUUUUAUUGAUUGGCCAUUCCCGACUGACCAUUGAAGGUGUGGACUAAUAGAAUCUCUUCCUAACAGGAUGCUCAGCCAACCCCAGGAAGGUCUAUGACCUCUGUCAACAUGCCAUAAGGAUUUGGAAGGAAAGUAUAAACCUUUAAAGACACGGCUCCACAAGGACGAAGGAUCUUGAAACAAUCUCCAGGCCUGUUUGCCCAGGAGAGCCUUGUUAAAGGGUUUGGAGUCUUGGGAAUUAGCGAGAUGGAGGUCCUGUUGAUUUCUGCGGGCAGCACUCCCGAACUGAAGAAAGUGUGGAGCAUACGAUAAACGUCCUCCUGAAUAAUAUCCCAGUGGUGGUGAUAGAAGAGGCCAUUCAAGCCGUCAGGACCCGGGGCAUUGGUUGCGCCCAGCUGAAAGUAAUUGUCUCCCUGGUGCGUGAUUCGCACCGUCUCUUUCUUCCUCUCAAGAAUUCAAUUGCCGACCACCCGCUGCGAGAGAGAUGGCUGCAGAGAUUGGAGGGAACAAGAAGGCAUGUGUUAUUGGAGGGACUGGUUUUGUGGCUUCUGUGCUGAUCAAGCUUUUGCUUGAGAAGGGUUAUGCUGUGAAUACCACUGUUAGGGACCCAGAUAAUCAAAAGAGGGUAUCCCAUCUCAAUGAGCUCCAGCAGUUGGGUGUCCUCAAGAUUUUCAGGGCAGAUCUCACCGAUGAAUCGAGCUUUGAUGCUCCUAUAGCCGGCUGUGUCUUUGUCUUCCAUGUCGCGACCCCAAUCAACUUUGCUUCCGAAGACCCUGAGAAUGACAUGAUCAAGCCAGCCAUGCAGGGAGUCCUGAAUGUUAUCAGAGCUUGCGCCAGGGCGAAGGCAGUGAAACGACUCGUGUGGACUUCAUCAACAGCUGCAGUUUCGAUCAACAAUCUUCAGGGGACGGGUUUGGUCAUGGAUGAGAAAAACUGGACUGACGUUGGGUUCCUGACCUCUGUGAAGCCGCCUGACUGGGGGUACCCCGCUUGCAAGACGCUGGCGGAGAAAGCAGCGUGGAGAUUUGCGGAGGAAAACGAUGUUGACCUUAUAACUGUCAUCCCAACCCUCCUAGCUGGCCGUUCUCUCACACAGGAUGUCCCCAGCAGCGUCUGUCUUGCAAUGUCGCUGCUAACAGGAAACGAGUUCUUGAUAAAUGGCCUGAAAGACAUGCAAAUGCUGUCGGGUUCCAUUUUUAUCACGCAUGUUGAGGACGCCUGCCGCGCUCACAUUUUUGUGGCCGAAAAUGAAUCUGCUUCUGGACGAUACAUCUGCUGCGCUGCCAACACCUGUCUUCCAGAACUCGCAAAGUUCCUGAACAAAAGAUACCCCCGGUACAAAGUCCCAACAGAUUUUGGGGAUUUCCCGUCCAAGGGCAAGUUGAUUCUCUCUUCGGAGAAACUAAUCAAUGAGGGCUUCACUUACAAGUACAGCAUUGAGAGUAUCUAUGACCAAUCUGUCGAAUACUUCAAGGAAAAGGGACUGCUGCAGGUGUAGUAAUUUCUGUCGGCAUUGCGGAUCUGCAGAAAUCAAAGCAAUGCUUGACCAGGAAGAUGUGAAAGAAAAACAGGUCCUUAGGAUCCAUCGAUCAGCCUGUUCUAAUUGAAUGACGCAUGGAUGUGAAUAGAAAAGUGUAGCUCUUGCAUCUUUCCUAAACCAUGAACCGUGUGAGAUAAGUCAUCUUAGUAAUCCCCAAAUAUUUGCU